AUGGAUGAUCUCAAGUUAUUCGCCUCCAGUCGCUCCCAUCGUAUGGCAUUGCUAAACAUCAGUUGUGACUUUAGCAAUUCUAUUAGAAUGGAGCUGGGGACGGAUAAGUGUGCGAUCCUCCAUGUCGAAAGGGGAAGGGUUGCUAACUCUGAGGGCAUGGACUUAUCUGUGCCCAUCAGCAUAAGGACCCUUUCCGAGGCUGAAACAUACCGAUACCUGGGUAUGUCACAGAACAUCGGUGUCGAUGAGGCGGGUAUGAAGCACUCAGUUUGCGAUGUAUUUUAUGCACGCUUGACAAAAGUGCUUAACAGUAUUUUGUCGGGCGUUAAUAAGACACACGCAUAUAAUGGUUGGAUCAUGCCUGUUCUCAUGUAUACAUUUGGCAUACUCAGGUGGACUCAGACUGAACUAAACGCUCUGGACAGAAAAGUCCGCACUAUUAUGACGUCCCACAGGAUGCAUCAUCCGAGAUCGUCGGUAAUGAGGCUGUACUUGCCGCGGAAACAUGGUGGGCGCGACUUUUUAAGCGCGCUUACCAUGCAUAAUCGCGAAUUGUACACAACUUUAGACAAACAAAAAGAAAAAAUUUCAAACAAGUUGAUUGUUUCAAGUUUCAUUGUUUUAAUUGUGAUUCUCAUUGUUUCAGGUUUUGCAAAUUGUGAUACAUCUUCUUCGGAAUGGUCCUACAAAUACGAAACGCAAUGGCCAAAGCAAUGCAGAAAUGGCGGCCUACAAUCGCCAAUCAACAUUAUGAGCAGGAGCGCGAUCGUUGAUACAUUCCAAACUCAUAUUCGAGGGCCACUUGUCUUUCGAGGAUACGGAGAUGUUAACCUAAGAACUGCCAACACGGGGCGAACAUUAAAAUGGACGUUGGAGGAAGACACGGGUGCUCCGGUAUUGUCGGGUGGACCACUCCGAGGCAACUACACCUUCGUUCAAUUUCAUCUUCACUGGUUUUCUGAGCAUGCCAUAGAUGGGAUGAAGUACCCCAUGGAAAUCCACAUGCUGCACGUUAAAACUGGUCUCACAAUCGAAGAAGCUUUAAAAAGACCUGAUGGUUUGGCGGUCAUCGCUGUGUUUUGCCAGGUUCAUGCUGGUGAGAACAGCGGGUACAGUCUGCAACAGAUAGAGGCCGUGUUACCAGAGCUCUACAACUCAACAUCGGGGCCCGGCUUCACCUCCACAUUGAAUUUGUCUCGCCUCCUGAGUCCGCAGCAACAGUCCUACUACACAUACAACGGUUCCUUGACGACGCCUGAUUGCCAGGAAGUGGUCACAUGGAUUGUCAUGGACCAUCCCAUCAGCAUAUCCGACUCUCAAUACAAAAUGAUUCGUCAAGUAAACGUUGGUGGCGUGGACAACUAUCGAAGAUUGCAGCCGACCAACCGAGUCGUAUACAAGAGCGCCGCUUCAUCCAUAUCCUCACCACUGGCGAUAGGACUACUGGGUGCACUAUUUAACAUCUCGUACUUCCUAAAAUCAACCGUGAGCACAGGUCUUUGUGUCGUUGUAAACUUGAAGAGAAAAUUCUUCGAAGACAACACAAAUUACUGUACAAACGCCGCUAAAUGA